GGCUGCAGGGAGCCCCAGCGGCGGCCGCGCGCUCCGGCCGUCUGUGGCUCCCCGCCAGCUCGGGUGGCCAGGCACUGGCUCUGGCUCGGGGCUCCUCCCCGCCUCGCCCGCGCGCCCCAGCCCCAAUUCCCCGGGUCCCGAUGCCGAGGCAUGGAUAGAGCGGCGCUCCGAGCAGCGGCAGCAAUGGGAGAGAAGAAGGAGAGAGGAGGGGGCACGGCAGCUGCGGCAGAUGCCAGCGCAGCUGGAGCCGGGGCUGGAGCCGGAGCCGCGGCCGGCAGGGCUCUGCAGCAGUGCGGCCAGCUCCAGAAGCUCAUCGACAUCUCCAUCAGCAGUCUGCGGGGGCUGCGCACCAAGUGUGCGGUGUCCAACGACCUCACCCAGCAGGAGAUCAGGACCCUGGAGGCCAAACUGGUUCGGUACAUCAGCAAACAGCGGCAGUGCAAGCUCAGCGUGGCCCCCGGGGAGCGGACAGUGGAGCUUAACAGUUACCCGCGCUUCAGCGACUGGCUGUACACCCUAAACGUGAGGACCGAGGUGGUGCAGAAAAUCUCCGGGGAGCUCACGUUGGAUGCUUUGCUGGAGAUGAACGAGACAAAGGUGAAGGAGACCAUGAGGCACUGUGGUGCCAACGCCGAUGAGGUCAGCCGCGUACAUUACGCCCUCUCCUGCCUCCGGAAAGUGACUGGCUUAGGUGGGGAACCAAAGGAUGACCCCGCGUGGAGCCCGCUGGAUGCCCGGCGAGAGAGUGGCUCGGGACCUCCCACGGACACCCUUUCCCCAGCUGGCUUGACCUGGACUCCUGGGGCCUCCCAGCUCAGUAAAGGCAGCAGCAGCCAGCAGGCCCGCUCCAUCUCGGUGUCUGCCCUGCCCACGUCGGAUGCUCUGUCCCAGGGCCAGGGCCUCUCCACCUAUGGCGAAGGCCUCUCGGACAGUUAUAUCUCCCUGCAUCAUAGUGGGAGGCUCACCCCACGGACCCCGCACAGCUUCAUCACCCCCCCAACCACGCCUCAGCUACGACGACAGAACAAACUCAAGCCCCCCCGGACGCCGCCCCCGCCCAGCCGCAAAGUUUUCCAAUUACUUCCCAACUUCCCAACCCUUACCAGGAGCAAAUCCCAUGAGUCCCAGCUUGGAAACAGAAUCGAUGAGGUGCCCUCCAUCAAGUUCGAUCUUCCCCACGGAUCCCCACAGAUGGUACGAAGAGACAUCGGCCUCUCGGUGACCCACAGGUUCUCCACGAAGUCUUGGCUGUCCCAGAUUUGUCACGUGUGCCAGAAGAGCAUGAUGUUUGGCGUGAAGUGUAAACACUGCAGGUUAAAGUGCCAUAACAAAUGCACGAAAGAAGUCCCUGUUUGUAGAAUAUCAUUCCUACCAUUAUCUAAACUACGGAGGACAGAAUCUGUGCCUUCAGACAUCAACAACCCAGUGGACAGAUCAACAGAGCCACAUUUUGGAACCCUCCCAAAAGCACUGACGAAGAAGGAACACCCUCCAGCUGUGAAUCACCUUGACUCCAGCAGCAACCCAUCCUCCACCACAUCCUCCACGCCGUCCUCCCCGGCACCGUUCCAGUCUUCCAACCCCCCCAGCGCGACGACGCCCCCAAACCCCUCCCCGAUGGCUCAGCGGGACAGCAGGUUUAAUUUCCCAGCUGCCCACUACAUCCAUCAUAGACAGAAGUUUAUCUUCCCAGAAAUUUCCACCCCACCCCAAGCACCCCAAGUCCCUGAUGCAGCUGAAGAAACUCGGGCCAAUGACCAACCAAAAGCCAGUGUGGCCGAGGACCACGAAACAGAGGUGGAAGAGCAAGAGGCGAGUAAGUCAGAGCUGGAAGACGAUGAGGAUGAGCUGGACGACCUCCCCAACUCCCGGAAGCCGUGGAAAGGGAUGAUCUCUCGAAAAGCCAGCAAGACCAGCGUCUACCUGCAGGAGUGGGACAUCCCCUUUGAGCAGGUGGAGCUGGGGGAGCCCAUCGGGCAGGGACGGUGGGGGAAGGUCUACCGGGGCAGAUGGCACGGGGAGGUGGCCAUCCGCCUUCUGGAGAUCGACGGCAACAACCAGGACCACCUCAAGCUGUUUAAGAAGGAGGUGAUGAAUUACAGGCAGACACGGCACGAGAAUGUUGUGCUCUUCAUGGGGGCUUGUAUGAAUCCCCCCCACCUCGCCAUCAUCACCAGUUUCUGUAAAGGGCGGACGCUUCACUCCUUCGUGAGGGAUCCCAAGACGAGCCUGGAUAUCAACAAAACCAGGCAGAUUGCUCAGGAGAUCAUCAAGGGCAUGGGGUACCUCCACGCCAAGGGCAUCGUACACAAAGACCUGAAGUCCAAGAACAUCUUCUAUGACAAUGGCAAGGUGGUCAUCACAGACUUCGGGCUGUUUGGGAUCUCCGGUGUGGUACAGGAGGGCAGGCGGGAGAAUGAGCUGAAGCUGCCGCACGAUUGGCUGUGCUACCUGGCCCCCGAAAUCGUCAGGGAGAUGACCCCAGGGAAAGAUGAAGAUAAGCUGCCCUUCUCCCGAGCCGCGGAUGUGUAUGCCUUUGGGACGGUUUGGUAUGAACUACAAGCAAGAGACUGGCCUUUCCAGACCCAACCUGCAGAAGCCCUGAUCUGGCAGAUUGGAAGUGGGGAAGGUGUCAAGCACGUGCUGGCAGGGAUCAACUUGGGGAAAGAAGUCGGUGAGAUCCUGUCUGCUUGCUGGGCCUUCGACCUUCAGGAGAGACCUAGCUUUCCCCUCCUAAUGGAAAUGAUGGAAAAGCUGCCCAAACUGAACAGGCGCCUCUCCCACCCAGGCCACUUCUGGAAAUCGGCUGAGCGUUGGCGGAAUCGCUACUCCAAAGGGCGCUACUACCACCCAGAAUUUAAGGGAACCUUCCGCCCCCUCUUGGAGGAAUAGUGUGCGUCCUGUCGGGUGCCUCUUUCUCCCCAUUGUGCUGACAUGCCCAUCAUACGUCCUGCACCCUUUCUUCCUUCCCCCCACCCUUCUCCUCCAGCUCCUCACUCAUGUUUUCAUUUUUUCCUCCCAUGCAACAAAGUGAGGUUCAUUUUUUUUAAAGUUGAACUAGGAAGUUGAGGGAUCUAUACUUGCUUAUUUCUCCAUGAAUUAUCUAUUCCUCAAAGAGAAAAGCAGUUUGGCCUAAGCCACCUCCAUGUCCUCCUGGUCUUCCUGUUGACUCACUCCCCCAAAGCUGGAGAUCCUUAGAAUAUCCUCUGUCCCCCCAAAUACAAAAGUUAAUUAUCAUUUCAUUGACUAAGGGGAAGGGCACUGUAGAGUAAUUGACAGAGGGUUAGCCUUGGAAUUGGGAAGACCCGGAUACAAGUCCUGAAUCUGACAUAUACUGACUAGAGCGUUGACUUAACGUAUGUAAAGUCCUUUGCAGAAAGUGUUAUCUAAAUGCAAGUAAUUAUGUUUAUGAUUUUGGUUCUGUGACUCUGGGCAAGUCACUUAACCUCUCAGUACUCUGGGUGAGUUAAGUUACUGAGGAGUUGUUGAUUUGUAUCGGUGAAGGGACUUUCCACAACGGGAAUUCCCCAAGGCAAUAAAAUCCCAGGCCUGGGCAGGAAGUAUUUCUGCUUUCCAGUUUUCUCUGCUAUCUUUCCACUCUGGGGAGAGGACUCUUAGGAGACCAAAGGAAAGGUGACAGUGACUGGACAACAGAAAAUGUUCACUCCUUUCAGGUCCCCUCGGGGCGGUCUCUUUGCCCAGUCUGGCUUGAGACUUCACAACAUCCUAGGCGCAGGUGACCACUGAAAGACAGCCCCUUCUGUGUGGCACAAGACCACCCUGGAAAGGGUGCUGGCUGUGUUUCUGUGCCUCACACCUCAAAGGACUCCCCUCACCCUCAGGCACCUUUCCCCUUCAGCUUUGGUGGCUGGAAGCCUCUCCAUCAUUGGUUCCUCAUUAAAGUUCCUCUCUCAUUUAAAGAUGGUUCUCUUCUCUGCCUUUGUGGGGGCCCUGAGUCUCUCUGCCUGGAGAAGACCAUCUCUGCCUCUACUGGCUUCCCCUUCACCUCCGACCUUUGCUAAGAAUCUCCUGCUCUACCCAAAUGCACCGGGCUCUGUCUCUCCUCUUGGCUUUUGACCUCAUGCAUUAAGCUUUUUGGGGGGAGGGAGGUGCCAACAAUAACAAAUUUCUUCUGGGGAUGGGCGCUUAAUCUGAUUCUUUUGGAUUUUGGAAACCUUCCCUAGUCACAUCUCUUCUCCAAAAUGAAGGGCAAAUCCUAAAAGUGCAGAUGCCGCGUUCUUCCAUUUUCAAUCAAUCGACAAGUAUUAAUAAACAGCAGCAACACCAACAAACAUUUAUUAAACACCUGUUGUAUUCCAGACACUGUGAUUAAAAA